CGUUCGCAUCGAUCUGGCUGGCGUGCACCGGUGAACGUAGGCGCAGGGCGGGUAACAGGCGUUCGCGCACUCGGCCGAAAAUCAAUCCGGCGCGUGUACAGUCGCGCGGCGUAAUAGAGAAAUAAUCAGGUGAGGUCUCUCGGUCGAGGUCUCUCCCUCCCUCCCUCCCUCCCUCCCUCGCUAUCUCUGUUCAUCUCGUUUGCUGCCCCGGAGGACGAGGAGGAGGCGUCGACAAGGGCCGAACCACGAGGAUAGAAACCACCCCGGUGUGCCUCUCUCCGCGAUGCUGAAGAAGUUGCUGAGCAAGUCCGGCCGCAGAAUCCUGCGGGCGAUCAAGAAGCUGUCCACCAGGAGUCGCAAGGCCAAGAGGUCGCGCAACCUCAGCUCCUGGCACACGGCCAUCCCCGACCUCGAGACGACUUCGCUCUCGUGGUCCUUACCGUCCUUGGACGCCAAGAGCAUCGACACGUAUAUGACGUACGUGGCCGAGAACUCGGAGGACUGCACGUCGAGCUGUUGUUGCUGCGACGAGUACGAGGAGAACCAGAGGAACGAGAACAAGGAGAACGAGAUGAUAAUCUAACGUCCGUGUUCGUUUCUCACGAUCGAGAUCGCCGCGAUCGACCCGGAGUCCGGGAGAAUCACGCGCUCAUGAUCGAAACGACGAUUUAACCCUUGACUGACGAUACACACGCGCAGCCGCCCGUCCCUCUCCUUCGAACCGUAAGGACCCUCGACGGGGGAUUCGGCCGCAAGAAGGAACGCAGCGGCCUGGCUGUGCGAGUGCAGAGUGAGUGCAAUAAACACGAGUGUCUACCCUUGGAUAGGGGUAGAGAUCGGUCGACGGGGACCGUCUUACCGGUUAAGGGUUAAUCACGAUCCCUCCGCAAUCCGUUCCACGCAAAAGUGCGUGUCCACGCGCUCCCUUAUUUUUCGAGACAUCGUAUUUCGCGACGACAGGCUUCACGCGAACGCGAAUUUCACCGCGCGCGCGCAACCGAUGAACCAGGGGACCAGGUGGAAACUCGCUGACGGGGAACGAUGUCUCUGUUAUCCGCGAUCGAAGGCACUCGUCCGGAUAUUCGCGCGCUUGCCACCAUUCAAGAUCUAAGAUAUUUCUCGUUUUGGAAACUUUAUUUUUUUUGAAAACUAACGUGGAAAAAAAUUGGUCCUAAAUCAAUGAUAGAUAUAUUCUCAUGUAUAAGCAAAAACAUUAUAGUUUUCUUCAAAGAUUUUUAGUCUUUCAUGAUUUUCAUAAUUUGUUUCUCUUUGCAAAAAUUUAGGGGGAAGCAAGUGCUCCAGUUACGCCCGUGAUCUAAUCCCCAGGUUCAAAUUCGGUGUGUAAAACGGCAAUGUUCCCUCAGCGUAGAAAAAUGGUUCUUCCGACUAUAAUUCUUUCACUCGCGCGAUUCUAGUAACUUAAAUACCCAAAGCUUUUCUCUCAGUGUACUAAUAUUCUGCGAGAUAGAUAUUUCCGUUCCUACAAACGAGUCUUCGUCUGAUUCCUUGGAUCCACGGAAAUUCCGUUAGACGAGUCGAAUUUUUUGUUCCGUGCGAGAGAAACCGCCGCCGAUCAUGCCGCCCCUCGCGAUCAUCGCAGUCAUCGUACCGUGACCGUUCGCCUGCUCGAUGACGACGACGAUCGUUCGACGUCGAGAGGCGAAGAGACGAUCAUUUAUUUCCAAUUGCUCUUCCACAGGAUCGUUCGUUUGUUUGCGGCGCGGCGAGUCGCUCGCGCGAGCGACUCCCCGCGCGACUCACUUCGAUCUCAUUUAGCCGAUUAGUCUCGCGGCUUUCGGUUCUUCUUCAGAUGCGAUCACGACUUAUUUAUUUAUUGCAUUAGAUUUUAGAUGCACCGGCGAUCGACGGGCACGACCGUGACUUUUCGUUUGUCGCGUCGACCGUGUGUGUACGGUCUUGUUUCCUCGCUUCGUCGCGCGAAAGGAAACAAAACGACGUUUUGCGCGCGCGCGUCAUCGUCUCUUUCGAAAUAGGGCAUAGCAAUACAUGAUGUAGUACAAAGAAGAGAAAAAAGAAUAUAUAUAUAUAUAUAUAUAUACACACACACACACACACACACACAUACACAAAACACAUAUAUAUAUAUAUAUCGUCUAGAGCGUUAUCGACGUCCGUUCUCAUGAGAGAACGCGACGUCCGAAAUAAUAGGACUUUUCCAUUCGUCGUAUGAUUAGCGUGUGUUGGAUAUAACUCGGAUCUUACCAUUUCGCGAGGUUAUUCGAGUUACCGACGUGUCAUAAACUAUCACAGACGAUCAAUAAGUCAUUCUCGAUUCGCUAUACUCAAUUUGUACACGUUUCACGCGGCGGGACCUCUCUUUAUUGUCGGAAUAAUUUAUAUUUCUAAUCGAUGUUUUCGAACGCACCGGAAAAAAAUUCGGGGGAAGUUAAGUUAUAAAAGAGCGAGUGUAAGACGGAAAAACAAGAAAGGGGAAGACGAAAGAUGACGGGAGAGAAUAUUGUUAUAGAUGAGUAAAUUUAUUUUUUCGAUUCGAACUCAACACCGAGCGCGCACUCGCAUGUGUGUUUGUUCGAGAACUGCCGAAUCGUACGUAUACACAGGAAAACAGUUCCUGCAGCUGAAUAGGAGUGACAAAAUUCGGUUGACGAAAAAUGAAAGCUCGAUUACGAUGAAUGAUAUAUCUCUGUUGCCGCGAACAUAUUCUUGUGAACGUUCAGCUACACACCGAGAGAAAAGUUCCGUUAAAAUUGCAGUCAUUUUUAGCAGCAAUUGUAUUUUUCUGGUUUUAACCUAAAAAAUAGUAAUUGCAACAUUACGUAAGAUUAUUAUCGUCGAUAUAGAGAAAUGUAUUUAUUCUACUGCUGAGAAAAACGAUUUUUACUCAGUUCAUUUUCUUUCUUUUGGUAAUGGUUAGCUUCAAUAAAGAUUAUUUUUUUUUUAUAAUAAUAGUCU